GGGAACAACGGAGAAACCAGUGACGCUGCCAAGACCAUCAUAUUCGCCCAUUACCGCAGCACGGUAUCAUAAAAGUACUCGAGGAGUCUACACAUUUCUCCGAUCUCUGGGGAUCUACUGUAACCCAAAUCAGAGUAUCAUACAGUGCCUUAAGUUACUCUGCGGUAUGAUACGGUACCGGUACCAGGUAUAUGAUAUUGUGAUACCGGCACGGCCUCGGCAGGGUAACCCCAAUUAUCUAGCAGGAAAGAAGGAACCAAUCGCACCACCGGGUAAGGUAAGCCCUGUUCACCCUCUCACCUAUCAUUCCAACUGCAGCCGCUCAAAGUUACCGUGCCCCCUCCCUCCUUGAUGCUCCUCCUCAAUAUUGCUGGUUCUACUGCUUCCCAUCAGCACCCGACCCGCAAUAGCCUCCACCAUUCCUUAACCGCAGCAUCCCAUCCCAUCUCAUCCCGGAAGGAAAAAGAAAAAUUAUGGAUAUCGAUGACCUCCUACAGGAAUUGGACGACAACAAAGUCCCGGGCGGAACACGCGACAUAAACGAUCUCACACAAUCGUGGAUAGCGGAACGAGCGGCACCGGAGAUUCUACCUUUUCAGACCGCAUUGCUGGAAAGGUUAAUGGAACGGAUCCGACAGCAGGUACUUGAGCUACUGCAUCUCAAUUUUUGUCCUAUUUUACUUUUCGUGGGGGGGGUUCGGGAGUUAAUCUCGAGAGGAUUUUUGCAAGUGAUACAGAUCGAACUGGUAGAGACACAGACCGGAAAUUUGGACCCGAAGACGAACUUCUGCCUCAUCCUCAUCCAGACAGAAUUGGAGAGGGUCAAGUUUCUUGUCAGGAGUUAUCUUCGGGCGAGGAUACAUAAGGUACGAUUGUGUCUGCACUUGCCGUAACAUAUGGCCUCCCUUUCCCUCUUAUUUCCCCUAAAUUAAAUAAGAUGAGAGGGCUAAAAGAUACGCUCCCCAGAUCGAUAAAUAUUCAAUACACAUCCUAACGACACCCUCCAUCCGUGGUAGGCUAUCACCGCCCGAGUUGUCGUACCUGAAAUCUCACCUCGGAUUGCUCAAUUCGCACUUUUUGGCAUCCUUUCUUCGCCGAUUUCCCGAACAGUUGCGCCGGCUGGACGAUAAGGCCGGAGGUAUAUCCAUGGUCGAGGAGCCGGACCUUGAUAGCGCCGUGUUCUGCAAGGUGGUCAAAGAUAUUGAGGAUAAUAUCGCUACGAUUCCGGGUACGGAUGCCGAGUUUAGGCUCACGAAGGGCGAUGUCUACGUUGUUCGAUACAGCGCCGUCCGGGAAUUCGUUCUCCGUGGAGAGGUAGAAUUGAUAUAAUGGCGAAGCUAUGACCAUAUAUCCCUACUCUGCCUUUUUCCUUACCUUUUUUCUUUCGAGUGACGUUUUCUUUCCUUCUUUAGACGAUUUUAUCAUAGAUGAGCGGGGAUCGUAUCAUAGCCGGCGUUUUAUGGCGCUUUUAAGGGGGGAAAUUAGUCUCGCUUAUUUGAUGGGUUCUUUAGCUAAUAAUGAAGGGGGGUAUAUAAUAUACUUUACACCUCAAUAUGAACAUUACAGUACCUGAGGAUAUCAUCUAAUUCCCACCACCUGAGAAUCGAAAUCUCCCCUCUAUCCAUGCAACGUCAAUCAAUAGCGGUACAGUACGAGUACAGAAAAGCCCACUGAACAGCCUUGUACUAACUAGUAGCAGGCAAGAAGUCUCAGGAAGUAAAAAAAAAAAUAGAAAUAAAGGAAAGGAAAGGUAGGUCAUGAGUUUGUACCAGUAUGGGCAUCCGGGUAGGCGCGGAUUGUCAUACACUUUGGGGAUUCCUGUUUCCGGAUGCUACUUGUACUCGAGCGAGUACCGUACUCUGUCCCCUGCGGGCACCACCCCAUU